AUGGAGGCUGUGGUUGUAGAUGCUGGUUCUAAACUCCUUAAAGCCGGUUUUGCUGUUCCCGACCACCCUCCUUCUAUGAUGAUUCCGACUCAGAUGAAAUGCCUGCCUGGAGAUGAGUCCUCCACUGAUGAUUCCUUGCAUGAGGUCAUUGUUGAUCCCGUUGUCCGAGGCUUUAUCAGCGAUUGGGAUGCCAUGGAAGAUUUGUUAGACCAUGUUCUUUAUAAUGGUCUUGGAUGGGAAAUUGGAAAUGAAGGGCAAAUUUUAUUUGCUGACCCACUUUCCAGUCCGAAGGCUGCAAGAGAACAGUUGGUGCAGAUGAUGUUUGAAAGGUUUAACAUCUCAGGCUUUUACGCAUCUGACCAAGCAGUAUUAUCACUUUAUGCAGUAGGACGCAUCUCAGGCUGCACUGUGGAUAUUGGACAUGGCAAGAUGGAUAUUGCAACUGUAAUUGAAGGUGCGGUUCAGCAGAUAUCUUCAAGAAGAUUUGAACUAGGUGGUUUGGAUUUGACGAACCUUCUUGCACAAGAACUUGGUAAAUCCAAUCCUCUUGUGAACCUUAGCGUAUCUGAUGUUGAGAAAAUUAAGGAGCAAUAUGCUUGUUGUGCUGAUGAUGAUGACGCUUAUGAGAAACUCCAGCUGUCAUGCUCUGAGGAGCAACACACACUACCUGAUGGACAGGUGAUAAAAAUUGGAAGAGAAAGAUAUACUGUUGGGGAGGCCUUAUUCCAACCAUCUAUUUUAGGUCUACAGGCACAUGGGGUAGUUGAACAGCUGGUUCAUUGUAUUUCGACCGUGUCUUCCGAGAAUCACCGACAGCUACUGGAAAAUACUGUACUUUGUGGUGGAACUGCUUCCAUGAGUGGUUUUGAAGAUAGGUUUCAGAAAGAAGCUAGUCUUUGCUCCUCAGCUAUUCGUCCUUGCGUAGUCAAGCCUCCAGAAUAUAUGCCGGAGAAUUUAAGCAAGUUUUCUGCAUGGGUGGGAGGUGCAAUAAUAGCCAAAGUAGUGUUUCCUCAAAAUCAACAUGUGACCAAAGCAGAUUACGAUGAAACCGGGCCUUCUAUUGUUCACCGCAAAUGUUAUUAA